AUGCUGGGUAGCCGAUCUAGCAUUGGCAGUGCCAAUAGCGGUGAUGGUCCAUUAGACAGUACUGUUCCUUCGCAAUAUAAAGUACUUACAUUAACAUUUAAUCAAGAUUGCACAUCAUUGGCAAUGGGUACACCAAACAGCUAUUCUUUAUUUACUAUUGGCCAAGAAAAUAGAAUUGAUGAAAUUCAUUAUUGUGCUUAUGAUUCAGUUUACAUUUUUGAACGAUUAUUUUCAAGUUCAUUAAUCGCACUUGUUAGUACUCAAGCACCACGUAAAUUAAAAGUAUGUCAUUUCAAGAAAGGCACAGAAAUAUUGUCAUAUUCAUAUGCAAAUACCAUUCUUGCUGUUAAACUUAAUCGUUUGAGACUUAUUGUUUGUUUGGAAGAAAGUAUUUAUAUUCAUAAUAUACAUGACAUGAAAGUAUUACAUACAAUUCGUGAUAUACCAUCAAAUCGUGAUGGUCUUUGUGCAUUAUCAUCAAAUGAUGAGAAUCCUUAUUUAGCUUAUCCAGGAAGUACAAUAAUAGGUGAAGUACAAAUAUUUGAUACAACUAAUUUGAAACCCGGUGUUAUGGUAAGUGCUCAUGAAAGUACACUUGCUGCAAUGGCAUUCGAUAUGGCUGGUACUAGAAUAGCAACAGCAUCGAAUAAAGGAACAGUUAUUCGUAUUCAUAGUACAGUUGAUGGUUCACGUUUAUUUGAAUUUCGUCGUGGAGUUCGACGAGCCGCAACUAUUUAUUCAUUAGCAUUCAGUCAUGAUUCAAUGUUUUUAGCAGCAUCAAGUAAUACAGAAACAAUACAUAUAUUUCGAUUAAUUCAUGCAAAAGAAAAACCUUCAGAAGCAACAAGUUCAUGGAUGGGUUCAUUUGGUCGUCUAUUAGGCGAUGUUGCCUAUUAUUUACCUAAACAAACAUCAGAAGUAUUAACACAAGAUCGUGCAUUUGCAGCUGUACAUUUACAAUCAGCAGGAAUGAAAACAGCAAUUGCUAUGAAUACCUUCGAUAAAAUAUUAAAAUUAUUUGUUGCUGGCUAUGAUGGUGUUGUUUAUAUUUAUGAAGUAAAUACAAACGAAGGUGGAGAAUGUAAACAGAUUAGUCAAUAUCUUUUGUUUAAUAUUUCACAAACUUCAAAUAAUCAACAAACAAUAAUAGCAAAUGACCGACGAAAUUCACUUGAUGGGUCCCGACAAAUUUAUUCAGCAAAUUUACCAAUAAAUGAAAGUAAUAUAGUUCCACUUUCAUCUCAACUUACAAAUAAAAAAGAAUCUGAUGAGCAGUUAUAUAAUACUGCAAUACAGGAACAAAGUUUUCCUGAGUUACGGUCACCACCACCAGACGAUGAUGAAUGA